AUGUAAACAAUCGAUUGGAAGAUGUCAUGAAGAGGUAAAAAUGAAACAUCAAGAAUUACCAUACUUAUGGAGAGAUCAUGGCUCCUUCCUGCCAUGAAUUUUGGGGGUGUUUGCCAAUGUCAACAUGUGUCAUUCUUGACUGCCUCCUGCCAAACAGCAUAAUACUAGCAAUCACCUGUCACAAAGAAAUUACACUUAAAAAGCUUAAACAUGAAAUCUGGCAGGAGGCAAAGAAGUACCCCUUAUACCGGGUCUUGGGUGUACCAGAAGAUUAUGUUUUGGUUGGGGUAACACAAGAUGCUGAGCAGGAAGAAUUUUGGGAUGAGAGUCGCCGUCUUUGUGACCUUAGACUCUUCUCACCCAUCCUCAAAGUAGUAGAACCACGUGGGAGCAAGGAAGAAAAAGUACUCAACUAUGAAAUUAGUUUGGCGAUUGGUCGUUGUGUCCAUGAUCUAGAUGACGUAAAGGACACAAAGAAAUUCAGCAGGUUUCGACGUAAAAUUUUAGAGGUGAUUGGGGAUGCUGUCAAGGCUAGACAGACUGGUGGCCUUGAGUCAUUGGCUUGUUACCAGCAUCCUCCUGAACUAGAACCCUCAUCAAAGCUCCCUACCUCCAUAGAGAAGCAUCUUGAUGAAGGUUAUCUGACAGCAACAGUAUGGAGAGGCACUUCAGAAUCGACCAGUUUACGAGUUCCUUGGGACACAUACCCAGAUGGAAUAAUUGUUGAGGCUUUGGCACGGUUUAAUAUACCCCCAGACAACCAUGGUUCCAUGGCAGCUGUUCAGAAUGCAUCUCGCUAUGCUUUGAAAAUUUGUGGAACAAAUGAAUACCUUUUGGCUGGCCGUCCUAUAACUCAAUAUAAGACUGUGCGAGUAUGGCUGUCACGUGGGAAAACUCCACAGUUCUGCCUUGUUUCUCGUGGCGAGCUUUAUGCCUCUCUGAAUACAUUUGAGUUUAUUGAGCCAUCCUUUGUAAGAACGCCUUCCGGUGACCUUCCAGCCAUACCAGAAGUACAGCCCUUAUCACUAUGGCAUCCAAGUAUGGAUGGAAGAUUGAAGGUGCACAUACUCUCUGCAACAUAUGUCAAUGUUCGAGAAGCCCAAAAGAUUUAUGUACAAGCUGGCAUUUUUCAUGGGGGAGAGCAACUAUGUCCGGUACGAGAAACUCGGCAUGUGAUUUGCACCAGUCCAAAGUGGGGAGAAUGGCUCCAGUUUGAACUUCCCAUCCAGGAGAUUCCUCGUGGAGCUCUUCUUUGCCUCUCAAUUUGUGGUGAAAAGCGGCAGAAGAAGAAAGAAAAAGUGGAACACUGUAUGCUAGCAUGGGGAAACAUUAACUUGUUCGACUUUCACAACAGACUUGUGCAUAAUAGGGUAUUGGUGACUAUGCAACCCCCUCCCAAGGGUUGUGAAGAGCUGCUAAAUCCACUCAAUACCUCAGCCCAGUCAUAUAAUAGUGACAGUACUUGUUUGGAAGUUGGUUUUGAGCGUCGCUUCAACCAGCAUGUGAUGUUUCCAGAUGCCCAGCAAAUGGAAGACUAUGCUCGAUAUAUUAUAAAACUUGAAUGCCGACAAAAAAACAAGAAUACAUGUGAUAACUCAGCUGAAUUGGCCCAAAUCAAAGAGUUAACUCUUCGAGAUCCGUUAUCUAGACUCAGCCAGGAGGAGAUAGAGUUUUUAUGGUCAAAGCGCAAGCUAUGUAUCAGCGUACCAGAUUCUUUGCCAAGGCUCUUGGAUGCAGUUCGCUGGUCCUCGAGGGAUCAAGUCAGUCAGUUGUAUUUGCUCAUCAAAGAUUGGCCUUUGGUGUCUCCAGAAAUUGCUUUGGAACUCCUUCAGUGUAAAUUUGCUGAUCCUGUUGUGCGACAGCAUGCUGUCAGGUCUUUAGAUAAAGGCCUUCCAGAUGAAAUGCUUUUUCAGUAUAUGUUGCAGCUAGUACAAACCUUGAAGCAUGAGCCAUAUUUGGAUUCUGUACUUCUAAGAUUUUUGCUAAGGAAAGCUCUAACAAAUGCAAAGAUUGGACACUUCUUUUUUUGGCAGUUAAAAGCAGAUAGUCAUUGCUGGCCCGGGGCACUACGAGUAGCUGCUAUUUUAGAGUCUUACUGUCGUGGACUAGGACCGGGGUUGAGAGCCUUAAUUCGACAAGUUGAAGUUAUAGACAAGAUGGUUCGUUUGCUUGACGACGUGAAAGACAAGAAUGAUACUAAUAAGGAAAUGACAAGAUUCCUGAAAAAGCAGUUGGCAAAAGGGGAUUACACAUCUGUGCUUCAACACCUAACAUCACUACUUCACCCAAGUCAUUCUUUGGGACGACUACGUGUUUCAGAAUGCAGAGUCCUUGAGAGUGCUUGUCGUCCAGUGUGCUUGGUGUGGGAUAAUCCAGAUCCCAUGGCACCUCAUUACUCACUUUCUCAUUCAAUGAUUUUUAAAAGUGGCGAUGACCUUCGUCAGGAUAUGUUGACACUCCAGGUAAUUGGCAUCAUGGAGCAUCUUUGGAAUUUAGAAGAACUUGACCUCAGGAUGAUGCCUUACAGUUGCCUAGCCACAGGAAAAAACAUGGGAGUUAUUGAAGUUGUACGCAAUGCUAAGACUGUUUAUAGCAUUCAACGCACAUCAAAACUAGGUGCAAUUCAGGUUGAUUCUACUCAGCUCUUCAAGUGGAUCAGAGACAAAAAUAAAGGAUUAAGAUUAGAACAAGCAAUUGAUAACUUCACUAGAUCUUGUGCAGGCUAUUGCGUCGCCACGUUUGCUUUAGGUAUUGGUGACCGUCAUCCAGAUAACAUAAUGGUUAACCAGGAAGGCCAGAUCUUCCACAUUGACUUUGGUCAUUUUCUCGGAAAUUUUAAGAAGAAAUUUGGGAUUCCACGUGAGAGAGUUCCCUUUGUUUUGACGCAGGACUUCCUGAGAGUGAUUGCAGGUGGUGCGGAGAACCCUAAGGAAAGCCAAGAGUUUCAAAGAUUUCAGGAAUUAUGUGGCAAAGCUUAUUUGGCAUUACGGAAACAUUAUAGACUGAUUGUGAAUCUUUUCACACUACUGCUGUCCACAGGCAUGCCAGAGUUGCAGAGUGCAGAUGAUCUUGCAUACUUGGGUAAAACCUUAGCAGUAAACUCAACUGAGGAGGAAGCCCUCCAAUAUUUUCAGGAACAAUUUUGUGAUGCAUAUGGAGGUGCAUGGACUACAAAGCUUGACUGGUUCUUUCACUCUGUCAAGCAUAGGUAACUGCUAAGAAAUCUUUGACUUUUCUUGGUUUGACUUCACUCAAAGUAUCCAUAAUAUCAUAGGUUGUUUAUGAGUACAAAAUUCAAGACUGAAUAUUAUAUUAGUUCUCCCAUGUUUAUUAAAACCGAUUCUCUGCUAUCUGCCUCAAAUCUUACCAAAAAAUAGCCUUUAGACAUGUUGUGACAUGCAAGUGAAUAUAAUUGCUUUGAAUUUGGUUUAUCAGUUUGGUUGUCUUACUCAUUUCUUAUUAUACUUAGCUUUUAUUUUAAGAAAAUAUUACUGCUUGAACCCUAAAAGAUGUACAACACAAAGCACAACAUAUGUUCACUUGUAAAUUAAUUUUAUUUGUCACUAAGUUUGUAAAUCAUUUCAUAUGUAAAUAUUUUAUGUACAUUUAUACACUUUGAAGAGGAUAUAAAUUUCUGAAGUCAAAUGUCCUGACUAUAAUUUUUAUUGAAAUGAAUAUUACGCAUAUAUUCAAAGUAGUGCACUUUAUAAGGCAAAGAAUAGUUUACUCUGGGUUUAGACCUGUUCAUUAGUGGAGGAUAUUAGGUUGUAUUACUCAGUCAAGUGACUCGCUGUUGUGGGGAGUUGCUGCUGCUGCUUGUUACAGCAUUACGAAGCGAAGUAUGAAUACUUCCUGUCAAGAGUAGUGCUUCCAAAUAUACAGUGAUGCUUAACUAUUCUGUGCCUUUAUGAAAUAUGUGAGAAUUGCCAUUUGUCUUUUAAAAUAUCUCCAUAGCAAGUGGAGGUUAUUGCAUAUCAAGUAAUCAUAUGAAGGAAAUUUUAUCCAGAGAAUCUGUUAUAAAUAUGUAGUAUUAUUGCAACACUGAAAGCCCAUGUUUAUGGACUUGACUUAACCCUGACGAAAACAGUUAUAAAAUGUUAAAUCCUUAUGAUAUUUCUUGACCUCUGCCUUAUGGAAAAUAUUUUGGAAAAAUUCAUUCAUGAAUGGCACAUUCUCUGCAUUUCUCAGAGCUUGUCUUGGUUGUGGCCUUACUUUGCUGGGGUACUUGGAACUAAAUGUUCACUACUUUCCAUCCUAUUAAUGUAUAAGUAUUUUCAACUUUAGUACAAAUUACGAAUCUGUAUAUAUUUAAAUAUUCAUGGUUUGUUUUUGACAAUGUUGUCCUUUCAGAGAUGUUUGUAUACAUUUAAUCAAUUCUCAGUUUCAUGGUGAAUGAAUUCUUAGUGGUAAGUGAUAUUCAAGGUUUCCAUUACUACUACGUAAACUGAUUAUUGAUUGAUUGAUGGGCAUUCAUGUUAUCUUGUCACUUGGUUAAAAAUAUGUAAAAGUGGUUAUUAUUUUGGUUGCUAACUGGGCACACAUGCUUACUUAAAUGGCCACUUGCCAUGACCCAGUCCAAGUUACAAGAACAAGAGAAAGAUCUCUCUGGGCCAGUCCAUUUAAAGUCAGAGUUUUAGGUCAUUGAUUUAGUUAAAAAUGUUUCUUAGAACCAACUAAGUAGACAAUUUAAAUUUCCUAUCAGUUAUAGGAAAUGAAUUUGAAUUUGUAUGGCCAUGGUUAAUGACAAAAACAAAUGACUAUGGUCACAUCUUACAAAAGUACUUAACAAUUAAACUUUCCUAUAGUUUGAAUUUCAAAGUGGGGGCAGUUCCUUGCAUUAUACUAUGAAAUUUAAUACCGGUUUUGGAGUUGAGAAAAAGGUCAUGAAACUUAAUAUUUGCUCUCAUUUGUGGGAUUUAAGAUGUUCUCUGACAAGUAUCUAUAAAAAUAUCUGUCAUUUGCAUAAAAUUUGGACUGAAACUGUCUCACUAUUUACCCAACAAUUUUCGCAUUGAGACUAAUGAUUAUUUCUGUGUAACUUAUUGUCAGUGUGCUUUUUCUUAGGUGUUAUAUUAUAAAGGAAUGAAGUAAUUUGUUCAAAAAAGAAAUAAGAAAAAUGUUUAAUGGUGGAUUGAUCUUUUUAGUUUUGUCUGUACUGAACUUUGUAAGACAGUUACUGGUAAUAAGUUAUUUUUUAAUUGAUAUUUCAAUAGUGUUUCAAUUAGUGUUUUUCUUAACAGCAGUUGUGCUUUACUAUAUGUAUGUACAAUUAGCCACAAUAUGUACACUGAUAUUAUAAGCUUGAUGGAACCAGUUUUUUAAUGGGUAUUUGUCUACCAGAAUUAUUUCAUCAUGUGGAUGUAGUGUCUGUACUUUAAAUUAAUAUACUUUUUCUAGAUUGUCAAUGACUGGUGAUUUAGAUGUUCUGUAGAGGUCAUCAAAUGUAAUCCUAUAAUAAGAGUCAAAAGGUACAUGAGUUUUUCCCUAAAGUGGAAGGGUCACAACUGUAUCCCUGACAUUUGCAAGAAACAAAAUUUUUAAUAUUUAAACUGUUUAUUCAACUACAAAAUAAAAGGGAAAAUAUAUAAUUGUUAAAAGAUAACAGAUGCAUUCCAUUUUUAACAUGACAUUAUGUAGUGAGAUUUAUGCUUCUUAUUUCCAUUCCCCCUCAAAAGGUAUUCUCAGCACUGAAUAAUUGUGUGCAAGAUAUACAGUAAGUCUGAUUUUCCAGAAAUUUUUUAUUUUGAGCAUCAACCAAGAAUAGAUUCAUUAGCAGAAGUUAUCAUUUAUAGUGUGUAACCCUUGCCCUAGGAGGGAGCCCCCUUAUGCCUCAAUUGAUGUAGAACUAUGGGUGUUAGGUAUUUGAUAUUCAUCAUUUGUCCUUAGAUUUAAGAAUCAGAAAUAUGAAAGUACUUAAUUCACUAAUUCUUUGGUUCUUGGCAAACCUGCAAACUUUGAAUUUUUAGGGUUUUGGCCAUCUAGCCCCUAAUAUGUAAAUGUUUGUUACAGAUUGGGUGUGAUAAUGAGUGGGCAGGGAAAUUUCUGUUAGUGAUUCCAUUUUUGACAGAUGUCAUGUUCUGAUAGUUACCAUAAAUAAGGCCCCUGUAUUCAUCAUGAAACAUGAAAGCUAUUUUAAAUUUUGUAGGAUUGUAUUGGUGCAUCACAUUUCAGUAAAUAGAAGUUUGAAGACAUGUAUGCAUCUGAAUUUGCAGUGGUGUGGUGAAAUUCAUGUAACAUUUUGUAGUAUUUAAAAAAAUCUAGUGUGUUUUGGAAAAGCACCAUUUGUUUUGGAUAAGCACCAUUUAUAAUGAAUGUUUUGAUGACUGUCUUGUUGUGAUAUCAAUCUCUAUUUGAAAAAGAGUUAUCUUCUGUAUCUUAUACUUUGCACCUAUGUGUACUUAAUGGAUUUGUGGCUCAACAUAGUGUGUCAGAUCAGUGAAUUGAUAUUUUUAUUAUAACUUUUGUAUCUAGUCUUACUUUUGGAAUGGCUAUUAAUGAAUAGCAUGAAGUACUUAGUUAGUUGGUGUUUUUUUUUUACCCUUCUGCUAAUGUAUGAAGAACAUGAAUUUGUGUGGCGGAUCAGUUACUUCUAAAAAUGUACAUGAAGCAUAACUUAGCAAUUCUAGAGUCCUGCUCAUGUAGACAUGAACAGGAAUUUAAUUAAGAAAAAGCUGCUAUCUGUAAAAGCAUAAUCAUACCUAAAAAUUGCUAUACAUUUUUAUAUCAUUAUUGAAGCCCAGUGUAAUGAAUAAAUGGCAAAAAAUGUGAAGUAAGCCCACUUUAUGGUUGUCUCAGUAUUAAAAAAAAAAAAACGUCAUCAAUCAUUAUCCAUCAAGAAAUAGGUACACACAUUUGAGCAUACAAUUAAAAUCGCAACACCCCAUGACCCAGUUUUCACCAGUAAAGAAUGCACUACAACAUUAAUAAAAGCCAAUAUUCCAACGGAUAACAACUUGCAAUAAAUCACAACUUUUGUGUUGGACAUCCGUACCAUGAAAAAUUGUCUCCAAAUCUAAAAGAUUUUCAAUCUCCAACUGCAAUGCUUUUACAAAAUUAACUUUUUAAGAUAAAAUCCAAUCGAUUUUAUUCCCCCCAACAAAUCAAAUUUAAAGAUAUAGUUUUUAUACUUAUAUAAAAAGUUAUUUAUUUGGGAAUAAUAAGUGUUAUUUGAAAAAGUUAAUUAUUUGGGAAUAAAAAGUGUUAUUUAUUUGGGAGUAUCUUUCAAUAACCAUUGCACCACUAACCUAAGCAUUAGUGGGCGGCGGUGGGUAUCAUACAGUAUACAAGAAGACAGGGUUAGCAACCCCAU